GCCCUGCUCGAUAUUCGACUAACACCUGACAGCUUCCUUACCGACUACAUCCACACCUUCACAAUCCUAAUCAUCCUCUGCUUCUUCACAGCCAAAGCCUUCACCGUCCCAGAAAUCAGCUCAAUCGGCAACCUCUACGACCUCGUCACAGCCGCCUCGUCCCGCACCCCCAUCCCCGGAAACCAUCACGGCACCUACAUGACCAUGACCUCCCCCAGCGGAAUCUUCUUCGGCAUCAUCCACGUAACCACCAACUUCGGCCUCGUAAUAAUGGACACCGGCUUCUUCGUCAAAGCUUUCGCAGCCUCUCCGCGCGCCGUCGUACCCGGCUACGUGAUCGGUGGGAUCGCGUACUUCGCUAUCCCCUGGGCGUUGGGAACGCUCAUGUCGAGUGUAGCAUGGGGACUUCAAGACCAGCCGGUUUGGCCGACGUAUCCGAGAGCUAUGUCUGCUCAGGAGGUCAGUUCGGGUCUUGUGUUGCCAUAUGCGGCUAUUGCGAUUGCUGGGAAGGGUGGCGCGAUUGCCGUGUUGCUUAUUACGUUCAUGGCUGUGACUUCGACGUUGUCGGCGCAGAUUAUUGCGGUGUCGUCGAUUAUCAGUUUUGAUAUUUAUAGGCGCUAUGUGAACAGGGCUGCCACGGAUAGGGAUGUGAUUCGAUGGAGUCAUUAUGGAGUCAUUAUUUUUGGCAUGAUUGCUGCAGCUUUCAGCACGCUGCUUUAUUAUGUCGGUGUUGACCUGGGAUGGACUUUGUACAUGCUAGGUGUCGUGACUUGUCCUGGUAUCUUCCCCACGGUCUUCACAAUCCUCUGGAGACAGCAAAGCAAACUCGCAGCAAUCAUCGCCCCUCUCCUGGGUAUGGCCACAGGUAUCUCCGUCUGGCUCGGAAGUGCAAGCGCUCUCUACGGAACUGUUUCCAUCUCAUCCACUGGACAACUCCUUCCCUGCAUGUACGGCUGCCUAGCAUCAACAUUCUCGCCUCUACCAUACUCCAUCAUCAUCACAAUAUUCAAACCACAAAAUUUCGACUGGAACGACUUCCUGACCGAAAAACUUGCUUUUGGCGAGUCUUCGCCAGGCACUUCCAUUGUGGAAGAGGAAAUCGUGGAUACGGAACAGGAACCAACAUCUCGCAGUGAUCCUCGCUGGUUUCCAUAUAUGCGCCGAUGGACCAUCAUCGCUGCUGUCUGGAGCGUGGCGACUUUCCUGGGGCAUUUUGUAUUGUGGCCCUUGCCAAUGUAUGCUGCCAAGUAUACAUUCUCUAAGAACUUCUAUUCCGCGUGGCUGGUUAUUUCUAUCAUCUGGCUUUGGGGUACAUUAUUCGUUGCUGGGUUCUACCCAAUAAUCGACGGCCGAAAACAAAUAUUCCUGAUUGUCAAUUCGUUGCGAGGAGGUAGUAAAUCUUCAGAACAUCGAAAUGAAUCCACGCCAAAAGGAGAGGUAUCUGGAUCUAGUUCAACUCAAGACAGUGCUGUUGCAUCGGUCUCGAUACCCUUUCCAGAGAAAUGAGAGGCCUUUUUCUGAGCUUAUUUUGGAGAAAGAAUAGAACGACGAUACGGUAGACCCGAACAGUCACACAUGAAGGUCAAUUGUGGAUGUGCUGCUGCCUAUCAGAGAGCCUGAUUUGGUCGAGAAGGGCGAGUCAAUAUCUAGAAAAUAGAAUAGUCCUGGUUUGUUCCAUUCAGAGAAACUCAAAUCCCUUUUUCUUGUCUUGAAUUGAAACACGAG